CUCGGGACCACGAAACACACUCUCACGACAACGCUCUUUCCCCACCCCAUUCCAUCACCACCUUUUCUGAAGCUUUUACGACACUUUCCCUGUGUCGAGCCGUAUUAUUUUUUAAACAGACAGCCACACGAAUCAGACUAGAAAAUGUUCUCUACCACCCGAGCUCUUCGCCAGGCUGCCGCUCACGCCGAGCGCACCCCCAGCAUCCGCUUCAUUGGUCGCCGCUCCAUCCCUGAGUCGAUUGACCAUACUCCUCGCCCACACCCCGCCUCUCCCAGCGGGCAACUCCCCGAGGGCUUCGGCAAGAACGGUGUCGGCUUCAAGCACGCCAACUUCAGCUCCUACCGCCAGCACGCCCAGCAGCACGGUCCCCUUCAGAAGACCAUUCGCUCCAGCGACAGCAUCGGCGCCGCCUCUGGCAGCCAGCUCGGCGCCGUUGCUGCCCCCAAGGGCGCCUUUUUCGACGUCUCAGAGCUCCCCGCCCGCUUCCACCGCCAGCCCAUUCCUGUUGCUGAGCUGGAAGCGGUGGAGUCGGGCGGCGCUUCCCUCUUCGGUUGAGUGAUGCUCAACUGAGAAAAAAGAAGAAGAAAAAAAAAUCAAACAAA